AUGCACACGGUCUGGGCACGUGGCAAUGCAAUAUUUGCGUUCUUGCUUUCUGUCUUAUCAGUAUUAACAUUUUGCGUUAUCAUAUCCACCGUUUGGUUACCGAAUACGGCACCAGUUACUUUAUCCGCGAAUAAUGUCCGCGUGAAGAAUUUCGUAGAUUAUGCAUCGGAAAAUUCACGAAGUGAUGUAGUAAUGGCAGAAUUGAAUAUAAAAGUUGAUGUUGCUCCGAUAUUUAACUGGAAUGUUAAAGAAAUCUUUAUGUUCCUGGUAGCAGAGUACAGCACACCAAAAACACCUCUUAAUCAGAUUGUACUCUGGGACAAGGUUUUGAGACGUGGCGAAUGGUCGAAGAUACAUGAGGAAAGUAUUACACCGAAAUAUUACUUUAUGGAUGAUGGUACGAAUCUGUUGAGUCAUAAAAAUGUAACGCUUGUACUGAGAUGGAAUGUGGUACCGAAUGCAGGUUACCUAGCAAUGGCGCAAGGUGAAGGACAGUACCGGGUCGAAUUUCCGUCCAAUUAUUACAGUGGUCGAUUUUAG